GGUCGUUUGGAACAGAGGGAGAUGGAGAGAGACGAAGCCUUCUUCUUCUUCUUCUUCCAACGAAUUGAAAGCUCAGUCGCUGAUUGUUGUCUCUGGACAAAUAUGCAGCUGAGAACAAAAGCUUCAGGUGAUUCCUAAUCACAUUAUUCUUCUGCAAUCAGACACCGCCUGCCCAGUUCUAGGGUUUCCUCUGAGCCCCCUUCCCUUCUCUAAAGUGAUGAUGAACUGCCUUUGGCUUUGAAAAGAUGCAUGAGUUCUCCAUCGUGGAAGGCUUUAUGGGGAUAACUGAAGGCUUGGGAGAGAUGAUUAGAUACGUGGCAAAUGAACCGUCAGUAGGGCUUUUUUAUAUUCAGCAGCACACACAAAAUGCAGUGCCCAAUCUUGUUAGUCUUAGAAGUAAUGUUGCGGAAAAGUCUUGUGAAACAGCUUUGCACACUGAGGAUUCAGAGGAUUCCAUAGCUAUGUUGAGAUCAAUGAAAGAAUGUGGAUUCCCCGUUGCCGAUGAGAUGAUUAGAGAUAUAAAGAAAUCUCUAGUGCUUAUGUCAACAAAGAAGCCGAAGAGAGGUGUAAUCCAUCAGCAAACACCAGGUUUUCAGAUGGGAAGAACAAGCUCUUGGAAGCCAACAAGUUGGGUUCGUUCCCCUGGUGAUGCCCAACAGGAUACUGAAAGCGGUUAUAUUUCUACCGUAAUCAAAUCUGCCAGACAAAAGGCGAGUAGUUUCAAGUGGCCGCAACUUGAUCCUAAAGAAUUAACACAGACCUCUAGUUCUAACCCAUCACUAUCAGUUGCUUCUGCAAGCACCAGUUCAUCUGAGCCGGAUGUAGAACUUGAGGAGUUGCCCUUAUCGAGUCAUGUUGCUGACGAACAACAAGAAGAACAAGCUGGUGGUAGCUUGUCGAGUCCUCAUUUAUUAUCAAUGGCAGAAUACUAUGAUGAAUUCAAGGCUGAUGAAGAAAAUAAACUACAAGAGUGGUUGGAAGGGGCCGGUAAUCUAGAUAAUCGCAGAGGAGCAAGCGAUGCAGAAAGAUUUUAGCUUGUCAAAACUACGAUACUGAAAGAUCUUUAGCCUGUACAUACUGUGUUGUCGCGUGUUAUUCUCUGUGGAUUGUAAAGUAUACACAAUUAUUUGAAUAUUCCAGGGUGAUAAUAAAGAUUUAUUCUCUGACU